AUGAAAUCCCAAGGUGUCACACAUGUACAACGCAUUACUAUCCGACGAGAUGGUAAUGUUCUAGAAACCAAACAUGAUAUCCUGACUUUCAAAUCGCCAAAAUUACCAGAAUUUGUCUAUGCAGGGUAUAUAAAAUUGCCUGUCAGACCAUACAUUCCCAAUCCUUUAAGAUGUUUUAAUUGUCAGCGUUAUGGACACUCUAAAGCAAAUUGCCGCGGGACACUCACUUAUGCCCGCUGUGCUGCUAAAGACCACGAUAGCCAGCAAUGUUCUGCACCCGAAAAGUGCGUGAACUGUGGAGGCAGUCAUGCGUCAUACUCUAGAUUAUGCGAACGUUGGCAACUUGAAAAGAAAAUAAUAACUCUUAAAAUCAAAGAAAACAUUUCGUAUCCUGAAGCUAGGCGAAAACUUUCACCACAAACGCCUACUCCUGGUCUGAGCUAUGCAUCUGCUCUGCAAAAACCAUUUUGUGUAAAUUGUUUGUGUCCGAAUUGUACAAAAACUACCAAUCGCUCAAAAAUAACUAAAAAGACAUCCGAUUCAGAUACAGAACAAUCUGUAAACAGCACAUCUGACACUGGCAUACCAACUAAACCUAAUUCAAAAAAUAAGUUACAAAAAUCACUGAAGCUAAAACUUGCAAAGCGUGGUCAAACGCAGAAAGAACUAUCUGCGAAAUUGAAAAAAAUCAUCUUCCAAAAAUUCUGUCGCAUUAGGACUUGCAGCUCGGGGAAAAGCCCACAAGGAUUUAACAUCCGUAUUUGGUGGCAUAUUAAAUACUCCCGAUCUGAAACUGCAUCCUUCAGAGGAUGA